UCGGGAAGAAGCGGAAGUGGGGAUUCUUAAACCAUUUCUUGAGGUCGCUGCUUGUGUUCAAAAGAGCGUUUAACAUGGUGAAGAUAUUCGUCGGGAAUCUGCCCCAAGAGGCAACCGAGGAGGAAAUCAAGGCCCUGUUCACGGAGCACGGCGCAGUCACAGAAUGUUCCAUCGUCAAAAACUUCGCUUUUGUCCACAUGGAUGACCGCAAGGAUGCGACGAAAGCCAUCAAGACCCUGCACCUCCACAAGCUCCACGGCUCGGCCAUCAACGUGGAGGCCAGCCACGGGAAGAACUACGGCGCGGUCAAGCUGCACGUGGCCAAUGUGGACAAGGGAUCGGACGAAGACCUCCGGGCGUUAUUUGAAGAGUACGGCAGGGUCACGGAAUGUGCCAUUAUCAAGAAUUUUGCUUUUGUGCACAUGUCGAACUCCGACGAGGCCAUGGAUGCCAUCCAGGGAAUUGACAAUACUGAAUUCCACGGCAAACGCAUCCACGUGCAGAUUUCCAAAAGCCGUCCCCGUGAAGAGCAGGAGGAGUACCCUCCUCCCCCGGACGGUGGCGGCUUUUGGCCUCCGCCUUUCCCAGGAAAUAGGCCCGAGCCCCCUCCGCCGGGCUUCAUGAGAGGUCGCCCCAUGCCCCCGGGUUACCCCGCUCCUCCUUUGCCACCCCCUCCCCCCAGACGAGCUGUGUACCCCGAGCGUCCAUUCGAGGGCAAUCGCAGCGGUUACGGUGUGGUCGAUUACUAUGAAAAGUACAGAGCCCGUCCUUACGGCAUGGGUCCCGGUGGCCCGCCGCCGCCGCCGCCGCCUCCCCCCCCUCCCGGCGUUGCGCGAGACCGUCUCAUGAACCCGCCGCUCGACCCGUACGAGCGUCGACCGCCGCCUCCCCCGCCCCCUCCUCCGUCAGCGUACUUCGGCCGAGACCGCAGCCCCCUCCGCAGAGCGCCAAACGCGGCCGUCCCUCCGAACGGUAACGGCUACGCCUACGAGCGCUCCCGUAUCGCUCCCGUUUCCCGGGUCCCGCCGUACGGAGUUCCUCGGCCCCGGGACCCAUAUGCAGCGCGACUGCCGCCUCCGCCGCCGCCUGCACGCUACGCUUAUUAAGCCAGGCCCCAGCAUUUGAAGUUAAGGAUCGUCGUUCGCCUGCGUCGCCUCUCGCCACCAUCAGAUGUUCGUGACGCUAUCUACUUCCUGUCUGUGGCGGAGCGCGUUAAAUGUUCCCCUGCAAUGCAAAGGAACUGAAAUGCCGACGCCCACGUGUUUUUUUUUGUUUGUUUUUGGUCCAGUUUUUACACAAAUUCCUCCUUGAUUGUUUCAUUGUGAUGUAGAAAUUUUAAUAUUUGCAGACAAAAGCGUCUUUUUUUUCUUCUUCCUAAUUAGCUUCUAAUUUGUGACUUUAGGUCCAAGUCAAACCUGUGAGUGUAAAUGUCGACGCCCCUUGGUAUUAAAUGCGGAGCGGCACUUUGCGCUCACCAAAAACAAAACUGUUGACGUGAGCUCUCAAAACUGAACGUGCCUAAACCGCUGCUCGGCGCGCUCUUCUACUUGCAGUGACUCUUCAAAUGAUUUAUUUGUGCAGUCUUGUGUCGUCAAAAUAAACCCAGCGGAAAAAACGGGCGUGGCCCUUAAACAUUUUUGGUAUAAUCAUUUAUUUAUUCUUUUCCCCCUCGACGAGCCACGUCCUCGUAAAAAUGUCGCCCGAGCUUACUUUUCAACAAUGCUGCCCGAAACAAACCAACCAAAAUUAGUCAAGCAAGGCUGCGGCUGCGGCUGGCCCCCGUUCGUAGCUCGUGCGCGCGCUGCAGCCCGGUCGCGAGCUCGUCUUGCGGGGGAGGGCAUGGACGACAAGAUGAAAAGCGUCAAUUGACAGGUAAGUCACGGGGAUCCACAUCUGCUGUCACUUCAGACUAUGUCAAGUAUUUGUGUAUUUUCAUAUUGUUGGUCUCAAGCACUCAGGGGACCCCAAUAAUUGGAGAUGCAUGACACUCAGUAUUGUUUUUCUGUUGGAUACAUGCUCACAUAAAUGAUUGAUUGGGCUCACUUUUAAAGUACAUUGCAUUAGUCACUGAUUUUCACUGAAUUAUAUUUCAUUGGUAGGGAAUCUGCUUUGUAGUCUGAACUGCAUGAA